AUUUCCUGUUCAUGGGAGCUGUUGCUUCCACUUCCCCCCAUUGUGACGCAGUUUAUUUUCUCUGUGUUUUGGCUUUGCUAAAUUCACAGAGUCUGACUGGAUGAGACAUCAGGAAAUAUCUCCGUUGUUGUAUCAGUGGCUACUCUGCUAUGAAAAGUUACAAGGACACAGAUGAGGGAGCUUCUCCCUCUAAGAUAUGUCGGUGUGAAGAACAUGAAGCCCAAAGAGACCAGCUGGAGAGCUCAGAGGUUCACAGGGAUCAGUUAGACCAGCAGCAUCAAACAGACCUGGAUUCCACAUUUAUGCCACUUAAGGAGAACAUUUUCACAUUUGUGAAGGAGGAGCUUAAGAGACUCCAGAGGGCUCUGAGUCCAAAAUACCCAGCAUGCAUAGAGAGUCACUGUAAGGAUAAGGAAAUUCCAGAUGGUGAAGAAGAAAAGCAGCAGAGAAGCAGAGAUGCUUUUCUGCAGAUCACACUGCACUUCUUGAGAAGAAUGAAGAAGGAGGAGCUGGCUGACCGUCUGUGGAGCAGACUUUCUGGUGAAGUGUGUGGACAAAAAGUCAAGUAUAACCUGAAGAGGAAGUACCAGUGUGUGUUUCAGGGGAUAGCCAAAGCAGGAAAUCCAACUCUGCUGAGAGAGAUCUACACAGAGCUCUACAUCACUAAGGCAGGGACUGGAGAGGUCAAUGAUGAACAUGAGGUCAGACAGAUUGAAACAGUGUCCAGGAAACAAGACCCAAAGGAAAAGACAAUCAGUUGUGAAGACAUCUUUAAAGCUUUACCUGGAAGAGAUGAACUAAUCAGAACAGUGAUGACAAAGGGUGUGGCUGGCAUUGGGAAAACAGUUUUAACACAGAAGUUCACUCUGGACUGGGCUGAAGAUGAAGCCAACCAGGACAUCCAGUUCACAUUUCCAUUCACUUUCAGAGAGCUGAAUGUGCUGAGAGAGAAAGAGUUCAGCUUGGUUGAACUUCUUCAUCACUUCUUCCCAGAAGUAAAGGCAGCCAGAAUCUGCAGGUUUGAAGAGUUCCAGGUUUUGUUCAUCUUUGAUGGUCUGGAUGAGUGUCGACUCCCUCUGGACUUCCACAACAAUGAGAUCCUGACUGAUGUUACCCGGUCAGUACCAGUGGAUGUGCUGCUGACAAACCUCAUCAGGGGGAAACUGCUUCCAUCUGCUCGUCUCUGGAUAACCACAAGACCUGCAGCAGCCAAUCAGAUCCCUCCUGAGUUUGUUGACAUGGUGACAGAGGUCAGAGGGUUCACUGACCCACAUAAGGUGGAGUACUUCAACAAGAAAUUCACAGAUGAGGAUCAGGCCAGCAGAAUCAUCUCCCACAUCAAAACAUCCAGAAGCCUCCUCAUCAUGUGCCACAUCCCGGUCUUCUGCUGGAUCACUGCUACAGUUCUGGAGGAUGAGUUGAAGCCCAGAGAGGGAGGAGAGCUGCCCCGGACCCUGACUGAGAUCUACAUCCACUUCCUGGUGGUUCAGACCAAACUGAAGAGCAUCAAGUAUGAUGGAGGAGCUGAGAUUGAUCCACACUGGAACCCAGAGACCAGGAAGAUGAUCGAGUCUCUGGGUAAGCUGGCUUUUGAGCAGCUGCAGAAAGGGAACCUGAUCUUCUAUGAACCAGACCUGAUGGAUUGUGGCAUUGAUAUCAGAGCAGCCUCAGUGUACUCAGGAGUGUUCACACAGAUCUUUAUAGAAGACAGAGGAGUCUACCCAGACAAGGUGUUCAGCUUCAUCCAUCUGAGUGUUCAGGAGUUUCUGGCUGCUCUUCAUGUCCACCUGACCUUCAUCAAUACUGGAGUCAAUCUGAUGGCAGAAGAACAAACAACCUCACUGAUGUCAAGAAACUCUAGACUCUACCAAAACGCUGUGGACAAGGCCUUACAGAGUCCAAACGGACACCUGGACCUGUUCCUCCGCUUCCUCCUUGGUCUUUCACUAGAGACCAAUCAGAAUCUCCUACGAGGUCUGCUUUAUGAUACAGGAGGUUCAGUGCCAUCUGAAUCAGGAAGUAGCUCACAGACCAAAACAGAAACAGUCCAGUACAUCAAGACAAAACUCAGUGAGAAUCUGUCUAUAGAGAAAAGCAUCAAUCUGUUCCACUGUCUGAAUGAACUGAAAGAUCAUUCCAUGGUGGAGGACAUCCAGUGGUCAUUGAUAUAUGGAAGUAUCUCCUCUGAUAAACUGUCUCCUGCUCAGUGGUCAGCUCUGGUCUUCAUUUUACUGUCAUCAGAAAACAACCUGGAUGUGUUUGACCUGAAGAAAUACUCUGCUUCAGAGGAGGCUCUUCUUAAGCUGCUGCCGGUGAUCAAAGCCUCUAACAAAGCUCUGCUGAGUCAUUGUAACCUUACAGAGAAAAGCUGUGAAGCUCUAUCCUCAGUCCUCAGCUCUGAGUCCUGUAGUCUGAGGGAACUGGAUCUGAGCAACAAUGACCUGCAGGAUUCAGGAGUGAAGCUGCUUUUGGCUGGAUUGAAGCAUCCGCACUGUAGAUUGCUAACUCUCAGUCUCAGUGGUUGUAACCUCUCAGAGAGAAGCUGUGAAGUUCUGUCCUCUGUCCUCAUCUCUCAGUCCACCCAUUUAAAACAACUGGACCUAAGCAGCAAUGACCUACAGGAUUCAGGAGUAAAGCUACUGUCUGCUGGGCUUCAGAGUCAACAUUGCAUACUGGAUGCUUUAAGUCUGUCAGGCUGUCUGAUCACAGAAGAAGGUUGUGCAUCUCUGGCCACAGCUCUGAGCUCCUCCUGUCUGAGAGAGCUGGACCUGAGCUACAAUCAUCCAGGAAAACAAGGAGAGAUGAUGCUGUUUGAUUUACUGGAGGAUCCACACUGCAGACUGGAGACACUGAGGCUGGACAAUGGUGGACAACACAGGCUGAAACCAGGUCUAAAAAAGUAUGCAUGUGAGCUAGAAGUGGACACCAACACAGUGAACAGAAUCAUCAAACUGUCUGAAAACAACAGGAGGAUGACACUUGCAUUGGAGCCUCAGCCUUAUCCUGAUCAUCCAGACAGAUUCGACCACUGGAUUCAGCUGCUGUGUAGGACUGGUCUGACUGGUCGCUGUUACUGGGAGGUCGAGUGGAGUGGAAAAGUUUGGGUAUCACUGAGUUACAGAGGAAUUAGCAGGAAAGGAGACAGUCACGAAUGUUUGUUUGGCGGGAAGAAUCAUUCACUGUGUCUCACCAUCUCUGAUGAAGGUUACUAUAUCUGGAACAAUAGUAAAGAAAUUCCCAUCUCCUCCUUCCCUGUCUCUAACAGAGUAGCAGUCUAUCUGGACUAUCCUGCUCGCACUGUAUCCUUCUACAGAGUCUCCUCUGACACUCUGAUCCACCUCCGAACCCUCCCCACUAUAUUCAAUGAACCUGUUUUUCCUGGGUUUGGGUUUGGGUUGAUUCGUUCCUCAUUGUCUCUGUGUUCUCUGUAGGCUGGAGAGACACUGCUGACUAAAGCUGAGUCUGACCACUCUUUCAAUACAAUCUGUCUUUAACUAUUUACCCAAAAAAUUCUGAAUAGAAUUUAGAGGCAGGUGCUUGUAAAGUACCAAGAUGUGGUGCUUUGAGCAUUGCCAUAGCAUCUUACAGUUAAAUUUCUCUUCCAGUUACAAAUCAUGUGGCCUUAAAAUGAAGAAAGGAUAACUCUCAAAUGUCUUCUGCUCUGUAAUCUUAGGAGAAAAGUGAUUAAGAGUGCAAAAAUCUCACCUUUUGAGAUAGAAGAGCUAAAGAUUAACAAAGAUGCUAACACUAGAUCAACUAAGAUGUGCAAGCAGCUCAAACAGACCCAAAUAUUAAACACCUGUCUGUUUAAACUCAGAAGUAUUUGGCUAUCAUCUUCUUGCGGGCUUUUAAUAUUUAAUUUAAGUGUUAUCAGGAUUAAUAAGGCCAGAGGAGCACAUUUUAUGAACCACUUAAACAAAUUUAAAUAGUCCCUCCUAAAGACAUUAAAGUAUUAAAGUGAGGCACCCGUGAAGGUGUGUGUGUGAGAUAAAGACUUCAUUUCAUAAACAUAAUGUCAGAAUGUUUGUACAGGAAGCACAGGCAGUGUGUAGGCCUGGGAUUUGGGAAGGCUGUCUUACCAGUGUUCAUACUUGUUUAAAAAAAGAGUGCACACCCGGUCUUAUCAUGCACAUUAGUGUGAACGUUCACUGAGAGGUGAGAGCUUCCCUCCUGAUUUAACUUGAUAUUAAACUGUCAGAAGAUUGAGAAAACUCAGGCCAAAGUUUCUUAGUAGAGAAAAAAAUGUACUUCUUGGGUAGUCUGAUAAAUGUUAUCGUAUCUCUCACAGGGAUUAAAACACCCUUUGUGCCUUCCCUAAUCAACUGUGUUGAAUUAUUGAGUCUUUUAGAUCAAAAUAACAAUCCACACGUCUUUGCUAAAUGGUAUUUCAACCAUUGUCUCUGUUAACUGGAAAUGUUUGAAUACACUCUGAGAGAAUUAGCACCUGCAGGGUGUGGGCAACUCUGAGUUUGUACUUGACAUGUCUUGAAGCGUAUUUAGGGUCAGGUUACCAAAGUAUCAUUUAUUUUGAAAGGGCCUAUGACCGUAUGAAAAUAAAAUCAAGAAACAGCCAGCUUCACUUGUUUUUGCUUCUGGACAGAAACCAUAAAACAAACUAGACAAUUUCCUCAAGCGGAAAUCACGAGAGGGGCUUGGGGGGCGGUGCCGGUUUCAUCGCAAGGCCAUUUAUGACAAUAGCCCAACUUGUCAUUACAAGGUCAUGUCCAAGUCCAAGCUGAAGCAGCAGGUAGCUGGACAAUGACACGGUGAAAUGGUUGAGAAACACUGUACAUGACAGGAGACUUCAUUCAUGUGUUUUAGUCAUGUGGCCUGAUUAGCUGAUGCUGAUCACCUGGCAACUGAGCCUCAGCUGUUUUCUUGACAUACCUGGUGGUGUUGACCUUCCCUAUGAAAUAGAGUCCUUUAUUUGAAUUUUAUACAGACAUGCAGUUCCUGUCAAGGUCUUGAUGAGAGCAGGUGCAGAAAAGAUGAAUUUGAUUAUUUCCAGCUCCAUUUGAACACAUUAAAAACUUUUAUUGAGAAAGGAUUGUGUGUUGUUAAUUUGAUUGACGUCACCAAAGUCAAGAGAACACAGAGACACACACCAAUGUGUGCUCCGCGUGUUAACACACACACAAAUGCACAAUCUCUCCCAUUCACUUCAUAUGGGAUAUAUGUGUGGCUGUCUUUGGCCACUGACAUCGCCAAAGACUUUAUGGGGGACUGUAUGUGGAUGAGAGCGUCCCACCAUUCUGUUAAAGCAUUGUUUAAAUGGGCUGCUUUAUUGGAACAGCUCCAUGUGUGUGCGUGAUCAGAGCUAUAUGUGUGUCAAUCAACGAUGACAUCAUCAAAGCACCAGAGCUGCUGUUGCCAUGGUAAUUAAUGCCUGCACGGUUACGCAUCACUGAUCACAGAUCAUUUACACCUGAGACAGCAGAGAGUAGUUUUGGGUGAUUUUUGCUUGUAAACACUGUCUCUUUCUCCUCUCUGUGUGCAAAAACCGUAAAUGGUAACAUCAUAUGGAUUUUGGCGUGAGCAUCUGCAGGCUUGGAACUAGCAGUGAUGUAAUUUUGGUGUUGAUUGUGCAAGAAAUGAGGCCAGGAGGGCAAGCUAAAAAUAGGCAACUUUCAGACCCUUUAGACAAAUUUAUCAGAUUUGGUAACAUUGCAGCAGAUCAGAGAGGUGUCAGUGUACUUGGGACAGUUGGUCCUCUCAUGCCAAAACUGCACAUGAUAUGGCUUUGGUUCUUGGUUCCACAGUAGCGGGACAAGAUUUCCUCCGUUUUAAUAUAUAUUUUUUAUGUGUGUGGUGUUAGAUUUGUGGCCGUAGUCACUAGUUGUUUGCAACAGUCUCAGCUGAUGUGUUAGCUCUCUCACACUCUGGGGUGAUGACAUCACCAACUCUAGCAGGGUGAUUUUUAAGCAUUUUCACUCAACGCACAGGAGAUUUGAAGACUUGCCUAUCGAAAACCAUAAACCCCAUCAUCAUAACAAAGACAUUCCUGAAGACAGGACAAAAAUACCUACUUUUUAAAGUUUGAAUGAUCCCUUUAGGUGAAAGUAUGGCAAAGCCGUAGGGGUGGUUAAAAAAAACCCUGUUUUUGUGGUUUCUUCAUCCCUCUCCCCAUUCAUUUCAAAUGGGACUUUUUUCCUAGUUUUUUGCGAAUAACUAUGCAAAAAAUUAGUGAAUCUCUUAGAAAAGUCAUAGCACACUGGAUCGGGAACAAACCACACGUUUUGAUGUAUAAUUUGCAGGGGUUUUCUCAAAGCCCUAGGAGGAGUAGCGCGGCGAAAUUCUGUCCGCAAGAUGAAGAAUAAAGAAGAAACGAACGGAAGAACAAUAGUGGUAACCUGCUGCUGUGGAAGGUGGAGGAAGCUCGCUCCCUCAGCCUUUGGAGGGAGUGGACUAGAGCCCUGCGCGGGACUGUUUUCUUCAUCCCGCUCCCGCCCGCUCCUGCUGAAUUUCUGACCAUUACCACCCACACCCGCAAAACCCAUGCCCGCACAGUAAUAGAGAUGCAUUGAUUUUCCCACAGAAGAAAACACCUCAUUUUAUAGGCUAUUAAUAGAGAUUCACGGGCAGUGCAAUUUGCAAAUCUUCAGGUCCUGGAACGCAGACCGGGUGUUGUUCCAGCGGUAAAGGGGAAACAUAACUGUCACAGAAUAGAAACGAAAAACAGUGCCUUGUGCAAAAACGGGCCAAGAAGAUCAUGUGACUGCAAACAACCAAUUAAUAUAAAUGAUUAAAAAAGAAUCAGCUGCAGAGAAGCAUCGACAGAGAGCAUCUCUCUCCCUCACUCUCUCUCUCUCUGUGAGCGGCAGCUGUCAGUCAAACCUGCCGUGUUUCAGCACCAAGGACAGCUCUUUUAACCACUCAGCAUAAACAUCACUUCACAACACAAAAGCCCGCUUUUUCAGUUGAAAUAAUCAAUAAUGAAACUAUACUUGUCAUGCCAUUUAGUAUUCGGUAGAUGUUAUUCUGUUAUCCAAUCAGAGCUUGUCUGCUAAAACAACACUUUUCGAGCAUUUGACUGCCCGAGUAAACUUCCAAGUCCAUGAUGAUGGGCCGAUCAUGGAUGACCCUCUGUCUCUCAUGUUAACGCCUUUUUCUUAAAAUAUCUGUGGACUGCUUCCACAGUUCACACCACACGUGCCCAGCUGUGGGACUCACGUUAAUAAAUGAAUGAGCCACUGACAGCUUGUUUUUAUCUCAUAAUAAAGCUAUAAAUGCAUCCAAACAUAAUUACAGGCAGUGAAAAUAAAGAGGUCAUGUUAAGGCACUGCGGACAAAUUUAUGAUUAAAACACGGUCUUACCUUAAUAUAGCAAUAUGUGACACUUUGGCAUGGAUGAACCACUGUCUUUUUCUGUCAGCUCUUUCCCGUUAGUCCUGCUGUAAUUCGGGUACCCAGUGAUAGCAGCCUGCUAGCAAAUGUUGCUAGCUCUUCAUCUCAGCUCCAGAUGCCCUUACAUGUGAGCCCUAACUCUUGUCGGCACUGUUUUCUGGCUCAAAGAAGGAAAAAUUACUGUUGCAUUUCCCGUAAGAGACUUAUGCAUUUUGUGACAUAGAUUACCUAUAUAUACACUUUUGUUUUAUAAUGAGACCCUGUAAAUCAUGUGGAUAAGGGGGGCCUACAAAAAUUCUCAGCCCCAGGGCCUAACAUUAGGUUAAUGGGGCUCUGCCCUUGUGCACAGAAUAUCUCUACCCACGCGAGCAAUAUUGUGGCCUGAGAGGAAAAUCAUGCCUUGAGCGCACUCAGAAUCUGAGAGAACACACUGUCAAUGCUCUUCUACUCACGAAACCUUCACCUGCUCGCUCGCGAGCAGAUUUUCUUUUUGGCAAUAAGUGGGCGGACCCAGUUAUCAUCGUAUCCCUGAAAAGACAGCACUGCAUAGCACAAAGAAACAAAAAAAACAAAAGUAGAAAUGUGAACAUAGGACAGUAUUCUUAGGAAAAACUGUACAUGCAGUGCUGUAGGAAUUACAGUGCAGUCUUCCUACACCUCCUGAUGUUCCUGUAUGUUGGGCAAAAAAUUCUCAUUCACAUCACAACAAAUUUCUUCUCUUGUGAUGCAGCAUGGAAAGAAUCUUUUAGAGUGUCUUAUCCAGCCUCUGCAGGUAUCUGCUGUGAUGUCACCACACGCUGCAUCCAUGGCAGCCAGAAGGGUCAUCCGUGUAUGUGGCGGGCGAUCAUAUACUUUCCAUCUCCAUGCUGAGAAAAUUCCUCAAUCAUCAAAUUCUCCUUGAUCAAAUUCCUUGAUCAUUGGUUGAUCUAAUGCUUCAUACAUUUCUCUUUGUUAGAGAAAGUCAAGAUUCACCUGGGUGCAAUUUACCAAUUCAGGACAGAUUUAGGAAAAAAAAAAGUCUAAUGGAAAUGCAUAAAAAUAUGCUUGACAUUUUAUGGCAAGAUGUUCUACCAUUUUGCAUGUAAAGACUUAUACGAUGAACUAAUGCCUAAAUGUUGUGGGGGGUGAGACUAUUCAACAGAGACCCAUUAUAAUACACUUUGAUCAACAUGACAUAAGCAACUGAUAAUGUAGGAAACCGCAGAGAAUUGUACUUAAUCAUUUGCACGGAUGUACCAAAGCAUUUGCAACUUGAUCAAAGAAAUGAGAAACUGCUUUUUUGAUGUGCACAAGUGACACAAUGAUGUGAAGAUUGAACAAGUAGUUUUUAGAAGUUCAAUUCUGAUCUGAGAAAUGUAUCAAAGCGACUGAAAAAAACUGUAAACGGAGCCAACCCACUUCACGCUGUUUGUCUGAGAGUCUUCAGAGAGACAGAAUAUGACUCACGUCCAGGCACUUGAUCGCAAUUAAAAAAAGGAAUUACAGUUUUUCUCCAUUGGUUUGGCUCAUUUCUUGAAACAGAAAUUACAUUCUCAAAAUAACAUGGACAAACCUCCAAACCACUUGGCAAUUGUUCACAACUGAACUGAAUUUCUCCUUCAUUUCAUCAAAUUGCAAAUGUCUUAAUACAUGUUGCAAAUGUCUCAGUACAUCUUUGCAAAGGAUUAAGUACAGAUAGCCUGCAUUUAGCACAAUUUCCAAGUGAAUAGAUCUUGUUGAUCUAAACUGAUUGUUGACUUCUCAGUCUAAUGGUUGUUCUCUCCAAAACAUGUCAGCAUCAUUUCAUUGUAGAAGUCAUCACAUGCACAAUAGUCUGUUCAAUUGUCAAAAUUAGUCAAGAACAUACUGUAAAACCAUGAAUACCAUACAGGUCUCUGGUUCACUACUCAUUCAAGGAUGACAUGGUGUUCCUACCACCUUACUCUCUUUUCCUCAAUCUUAUUGAGUUUUUCUCUGCUUGGAGGUGGAGAGUGUAUGAGCAUCAUGCAAUGGACCCUGCAUGUGAAGACAUUACAGGUGAUCAGUGUAGGGGAUGGUUGCAACAUUCACACCCUUUCUUCCCUUGUUGCAUCGCAAGGGAGAAUAUACGCUGUGAUGUAGAUGAAAAUCUGUGGCCAGACAGACAGCAGCGUGUGGACGGGCAGGAGGGCCAGGAGAGGGAGGGUGAGGACAGCGACCAGUGAAGAAGUGUUAGUUGUGAAACUCCAGCUUUAUUUACAGCACUGUAGGCUACAUAUAAUUUUCCUUGUUUUUUGUUUAUGUGUUUAUAUUACAGAAUGUUACGCUGUAUACAUUUUCUUAUUAAUCUGAUGUAUGGAAGUUACUUACAGUAAUGUGUGUGAAUAAAAAGUUACAGUUUCCUUGGCAGUAUGAGUGCAAUGUGUGAUGUCAAACCUUGGAGGCUACUCAUACCGCGAAGUCCUUUUUUUUUUUUUUUUUUUUUUUUCCAGUUUUAUACACAACUGUAUUCUGUUAGCUAGACAAAAAAACUAGCACAGUAACCAUUGUCAGUGAAGGACUGGGCUAAGAUUGGAGGUGGACAUGAGGGAUAUUUCAAUUUUCAUCUGCCAUAGUGACAAAACAUCAAAACAUUUUGACUUGCAGUGCUUACACAAUGCCAAAGGGACAAUGCAUUUGGGGGCACUGACUCUAUAUAUGAGAACAGAAUUUAGUUUUGACAAAUGAGUGAACUGUUUUGGGAGAGAUACGAGCUUUUGCAGAGGUGAACCAUGGUGUUGUGCUGAACCAUCCAGGUUAUUUUGGCAAAAGUAUCAAGAGUGUUCAGAACAUCCGGUCUGUUUUAAGAAAUGAGCCAAAGCAAUUGAAAAGGAUCUUGCAUUUUUGGUGGCACUGACUAUUUAUAUGGGAAAGGAAUUUAGCUUUGAAGCAUGAGUGAACAGUUUUGGGAGAGAUAUGAGCUUUUGCAAGUGAGCUAUGGUGUUGUGCUGAACUGUAAGACUGUUCUGCCAAAUGAUCUUAGAGUUUUGAGAAUGUAAUUUCUGUUUCAAGAAAUGAGCCAAACCAAUGGAGAAAAACUGUAAUGCAUGUGAUUUUAUGUGUACUCAAUGGCUUGGUAAUUUUAAACGUAAAAAGAAGAAGAAGAAAAAAAGAAACAUGAACACAGCAAACAAAAACUUUUUGUAGUUAUGCAAGAGCAGCUAAAUUAUGAUUAAACUACAAAGCAGCAUGCUUCCAGCUUGCCUUAACUCACAGAAUGAUCUCUCUUCUCUCUAUCCACAGGUCUCAUCACCUGUUGCUUUUCUUUGGACUUGAGCAUAUGUACGGCGACAUGGUGACAUGCAUGAUUUACAUGUUUAAAGGGAGUUAGAGUUUUACAGAAGCAUGCACAUAGUAGGAAGAAGACAACAGCAGUGGUCUUUUCUUAUAUGCAGGACGGUUGUCAGUGAAAAUGAUCCUGUACAUAAUGUUAAAGUUUUUAAAGUUAAAGUUUACGCCACAUUUGUAGUGUGUAAAGAUAAAGUCAACAACAGACCACUGACUCUGGCUGACGUAUCUAGGAUCAAAUGUGAUGCUCCACAGCCUUUAACAAAUCCUAAAGGUUUUCUUAUUGUGGGCUUCUUCAAUACCUCACUGAUCAAGGUCUGGCAAAAAAAGAGGUUGGAAAUAAUCUGAAUAGUAGCUUUUAUUGGAUGAUCAUAUUUAGAAAUUAACAUUGUUUACAAAACAACGCUGCAUAUGAUGGAGACAUUACACAAAUUUUUAAAUGUAAAUGUCAAACCAAUGUAAACAUGGUAGAUUUUAUCAGGAGAUGUCGAAAUAGUAGAAAAAACAAGUUAUAUUAGACAUUACAGACAAAGUGGAUUCUUUAUUUAUGUUCCUAAAUCUGAGGACAAGAUGCCUAAACUUUCAGACUAUUCGCAUCUAAUAUGUAUAUGUGUCUCUGGUAGAAUUGUUAUAACAUGAAAAGUUAAUUAGAAGCCUUAGUUUUUGUGUGCUUGUGCAAGCUCCAAAUGUGCAGAGUGUUCAAUUACCAUCAGUGCCAAAAAACUACAAGAACAAGAAACUACUCGUUAACCAGGAAAUAAACGACUAACUUACAGCUAGUUAAAUGGAAUCAUUACUUUUUUAUUACCUGAGCACUGUUUUCACUGUUGUUCCACUGUUAAUAAACUGGAGCAUCAUACUGUGGAGUUGCCCAGUACUUUAUACUUACCAGCUCUUUUGUUACCUGGUUAACAAGCAGUAAUCAUUUUUAUACUAACUUUUCUGUACCUUAUUGUAAAGUACACAGUGAGAUAUUGAACCAAGUGUAUUGCCCAUUGCCUGAACUAGUACACUUUAUUUUCAUGUACAUCCAGAUUUUGAGCUCUUGUCUGUUGACAUUACGAUGGUUUUGAAGCAUUUUUAUUUAUUUUGAUUUGAUUUCUAUCGAUCUCAGGUUUCUUAUUUGAUUCUCAGUUUCAAAAUUCACUCAUGCUGCACGAGGAUUAAGGCUGCAAUAGUUGUUUUUGUACUUUGAGCCACCUGGGGGCUCCACGGCAUCUUAUUUGAGAGUUAACAGAUGUCUUUUGUAACUGUAACACAUGUUUUAUCUCAUACUAUAUCCUCCUCAUCUCUUACUGUGUCUGUCUGCUGUUUGGCUUUGGGCAGGAAGUGUGCCAUGAGAUUUCUGACUGAAAGACCUGCAUGGAAACUGAAGGAAACCAAACAAUGCUCUAAGUAACGCUAUACUAAAGAGUAGAGGCUGAUAAUUAUCUGAGAUUCUGUAUACAUUAAAGUGCAGCUCUGAUGAAUAAAUGGAGAGACUCUGCUGUUAGAGUUGUACAUAGUCCUGCAGGGCUCAAAAUGUAAGGUGUCAAUGCUAAACUGUACAUUUUGGGAAUUUGCUUUUUAUAUUCAUGAAUUAAAGUUAUUGAAAUGGA